GCAGCUUGCUGAAUCAGACUGCCAGGGUUAGAGCCCACCGCCUCAGUGUCUCACUAGGAGGGUAACACCAAUGAUCCAGUAUUCAGGAUGUUAGACAACGAAGAGUUCAUGCUGGAGACUUCCCCGCGGGAGCUCACACAGAACCCGCUCAGGAAGAUCUGGAUGCCGUGUAAAAACGGGCACAUAGCUCAGAGACGGGUAUGUAUGACAAACUGCCCGACCCUCAUUGUGACUGUAGGACUUCCAGCCCGAGGGAAGACUUACAUUUCAAAGAAGCUCACACGCUACUUAAACUGGAUAGGUGUGCCAACCAAAGCAAGUGAAGUUGGGCAGCCCAGACUACAUCCACUGCAACACAGAGGAGGCCAUUGAGGACUUCAUGGAGAGGAUCAAGUGUUACGAGUCCUCCUACCAGCCUCUGGAUGAGGUUCUGGACAGGGAUCUGUCCUACAUAAAGAUCAUGGACGUGGGCCGCCGCUACCUGGUGAACCGCGUCCUCGACCACAUCCAAAGCCGGAUCGUCUACUACCUGAUGAACAUCCACAUCACACCACGCUCCAUCUACCUGUGUCGCCACGGUGAGAGCGACCUCAACAUCAAGGGACGGAUCGGAGGAGACUCUGGCUUGUCUGCCAGAGGAAAAGAGUUUGCCAAAACUCUGGGGAAAUUCAUCCAGGACCAGAACAUCAAAGAUCUAAAAGUGUGGACCAGCCAGAUGAAGAGAACGAUCCAGACAGCCGAGUGCCUGGGAGUGCCGUACGAACAGUGGAAGUCUCUCAACGAAAUAGAUGCUGGCGUGUGUGAGGAAAUGAUGUAUGAGGAGAUCCAAGAGCAUUACCCUCUGGAGUUUGCACUGAGAGACCAAGACAAGUAUCGCUACCGCUACCCUAAGGGAGAGUCUUAUGAAGACCUGGUGCAGCGACUGGAGCCUGUGAUAAUGGAGCUGGAGAGACAGGAGAACAUUCUGGUUGUUUGUCACCAGGCUGUCAUGCGUUGUCUUCUUGCAUAUUUCCUGGACAAGACUGCAGAUGAGUUGCCUUAUCUUAAGUGUCCUUUACACACAGUGUUGAAGUUGACCCCCAUGGCUUAUGGAUGUAAAGUGGAGUCUGUCUAUUUAGGCGUGGACUCUGUGAACACACACAGAGACAGACCAGAGAAUGUGAAUGUGAAGCGCACCACAGACGACGCUCUGCAGACAGUCCCAGCUCACUUCUAAUAUCCUGCACUUCCUGUUCCAGCUGAGACCUCGUCCGACUUUCUGUUUGGACCCCUGAACAGCAUUAUGGGAACAGUGCUGUUCAACUGCCCACCAUGGCAGCUUCUUCACUGAUACGGAGAAUUGGGUAUUUUCCCAGACUCGAACUGUAAAGCACUUUCACUAAAUGUAAUCCAUUUUUAUACAUCUGUUCUGUUGUGAACUAUACUGUACUGCUACUGUAGCUCAACUCCCUGGCAGGGAAACUAAAGGAAAAUGCCAAUAUUUUUUAUAUGUGAGUCUACUGUUAUUGUUUGCAAUGAUAAUAGUCCCUUAACUUUCAGCAUCCUUUUCCAUGAUUACAUUUAAUAUCUACUGUACUGUAUAUUACAGUAUGUACUGUGUAUACUGCCAUAUACUGCCAGUGUUUCUCAAGAUGUUUCUUUUGUAUGAAAAGUAAGUAUCAUAACUCAAAGACCUGUAACUACUUCAGUUAAUCAAAGUCCUUAAUCCCUGACUGUUAAACAGAAACUGUGUUUUUCUUUGCUGUUUGGUGAAUUAUAUUUAAAGAAGGCAGACAUUGAGCUCAGUGUAUCUACUCUGAGUAAACAAAGAUUAAGAUUAAACAUUCCAGGGGGUGAAAAUCAAAUUCUUACACCACAAAAAAUGGAAAUAGCAUUAUAAAUGCAAGUGACACUUUUUCUCUAAGAUGUAGCAAGCUUAUUUUCUUCUUCCAAAAUGAUGAGCCUCUGUAAUCAUGGUAGAACCAGGGGGGGGAUUUGGGACGGACUUUGUGGGCUUUAAUUUUUUUCUUUUUAGACAUACAAUGAGUCUAAAAAAAAGUGUCACUUCAGAAGGCAGUGUUUGUUUGACAAAUGAUCAAAUGAAUGCCUGUUUAUAUGAGUGUAAAGGUACUGUGUAAACUGUACACGCAUGUUCGUUUGAUGUAAGUUUUGUGUGUAAAUCAACAUGUAUUAUACUGUGUGUCUUUUUUGGAGAACUCUGUACAAUAUCUGUAAUAUUAUACAUUUAUAAUUUUGCCUAUUACUGUUCUGAAAAUAUAAUUCCAAAUGCCUUGUUUGUCUCCAGCUGUCAAUCUGAAUAAAGUGUCGAUGUUUGGGGUAAAGACA